UGCACACAGGGAGUAACAUUGGUGAAAGGCCACAGAAACAAGAGGAAACGGACUUAGGUCUACUAAUAUCACUGAGGAGGGCAGUAACAAGUCGGGGGAUGAAGACAGCGUGGAAGUUGAAGUAACAAUGACAUGGUGACUGUGGUUCUGGGCUGGCACUGAUGCUAGCUAGCCCUGCUACUGAUGGCCGCCAUGAUGGCCGCCAUGAUGGCCGCUCCACAACAACAAACCUGCGCAACCAGGGAGUUUAACUACUGCGCAGGUGUUAACGCGCGUUUUUCAUGUCGGUAUAACCUGGCGAACUCAAAUGAAGAUGGACCAGGUCUUCAUCAUUUCUUGGAUAAAAUAGAGCUGCUCAGUGCCUCGGACUUUGUAUGGUGGUGGAUGCUUUUGCAGAGAGGAGGAAUAAACACCUGUUUCCAGCUACUGGUACAGGCCUGUUUGGCUGGCAGCAGGCAGGAAUGCAACCUGAGUGGGCAGAAUAGAGGGAAGGGUCAGAGGCCAAGGCAACACAGAGCUGAUCCCAGAAAAGCCACUGCCAAGACAACACAAGGUCAUCUAUCUGGUGCAAACAAGACUCCCGGGGCAUCCGCCCACCACUAUCAUCAACUGACAAGAAGAUCUUCAUCUGUCCCGGGAGCCCUGAGCAGAGCCAACUUUUAAAAAGACAUCAUCACUUCAAAACUUAACCAAUACAGUCCCAACAUAAUCCCAGCGGUAUGCAACCAACGCAGUGUCCCAUCAUUCACUGAGCCAUCAUAUAAAACCUCUGGAAACAGUUUCAAAUAUGUUUUCUAGAAAAUAGAGAAAAUAUUCACAACUAAACACACAACAAUCAAAGUAAAAGCUGCUCAUCUCAAUGUUUUAUAUAAACAGUAGAUGAAAUGGCUGAAUGAAUGAGUGAAUAUUGAGCCAGGUGGGAAGAAACACAACUCCAAAUGGAUGCUAAUGUUCCCGAGUCUGUGGGAUACUUAAUAACAAAAUGUCCGCCAUAUCAAGUAUAUAAGGUAAUAAUGUGUCAAUGUUGUGCUUACAGGUUGUUGUGCUGCCCCCAAGUGGCCAAAAAAGUCAUUUAUUGCAAGUUGAGGGCGGAAAAAACAUCCUUAGCUAUUAUUUAUCAAACUCAAAAACUCUAAUCUGCUUCAUCAGAGCUGUGUGAUUCACUGACAAUCACACAGUCUGGCAAUAUUAAUAAAUAACUCCACAGCCUGCAUCGCAUUAUAUUUCCAAAUCCUGGUUGGCGUCACUUUUUUCCAGCUGAGUCUCACCUACUUCAAACCAGUGAAAACAGCACAGACAGAAAAUGAUGUUUUAAAGUAGGCGAAUACUCCCGUGUUGUAUUUCAGCCCUAAAAUCAUCUCAUCUUUGCUUGGAAAUUUACUGAGAGAUAUAAUGAAUGGAAUAUAUGACACCUGCUUGUUUUAUUGUGCUAAACUUUGCUUUCAAUGGCCAAAAAUCAGCUCACUUUGUCCAUGUUGUUUGACUUUGACAGGUGAGAGCCAAUAACACUGCUUCCUGCUGUUCAUUUGUGAUGAAUUUCAUUUUCAGUUGUAAUUUUCUGUCUUCAGACCCUGCCUGCCGUUAUGUAAAAUAGACAAUGCAACGUGCUAAAACAGUGUAAUCUAUUGUUAAAUCGGUGGUGCUGGAUGGAGUGGGUUUAUGUGCGAUGGGCAGAUGGACGCUCGGACCAGGCAGGUGGGGCGCUAGACGGACAGACUGGAGGGAGGGCCCCACGCCGUGGCCCACAAUGCCUUGUCUCAGUCUCUCAUGAGAUGAGACGCCACCUUUUUCCUGCCCUCCAUCCCCAUGUUUCACCCACAUGCAAACAGACUCGCACAUAUACAAACACACCAAGCUCAUUUGUGUAGGAACUGAAAAGAGGCAAUCACUGCCAUCUGUUGUGUAGACUUAAGGAUUUCCCUGCUGAAGCACAGCAGAUGUUCUCGAGAGGGAGAGAAGGAGACAGAAAAGCACUUCUUAGUAUUUUCCCCCUUUUCUUUUCUUUUUUCAUUUCUCUUUUAGGGUGAGUAGUAGUGUGCCAGGGUUAAGGUUUACCUUCCCGUUGGGAGUACCUGUGCUAAAAAUUCCUGCAUUUCUAACAGUGAGUCAGGACUCAGUGGCAGCUUUAGUGCCAGUCACCAACACAAUGGUAUGAAAAGAGAAAUGCAGUCAUGCAAAAGCACCACUGACAAUAAUUCUGGGCUUAGUAUCGAUGAGAAAAUACUGCUUUUAUGGUGAGAGGAGCUCCCAGUGUGAUGAAUAUUGAGGUACAGGCACUCUGCUGUGGCGAGGCUGUCAUAUUACCUCUGAAUGUCAUGAUAUUAAAGAAGAGUGCAGGUACAAUAUAGAAGACAAGUUCUGUGUGUGUAUGUGUGUGUGUGUUUGUGUGUAUGUGUGGGGGUUCGUGUGUAAAGAAUGGGAAAAGAGCUGAGUGGGCUUUCUGCAAGAGUGUGUUUAGGGGACACAAACACAUCAGAAGAUACAAAAGGAGUUCAAACAAUUCAAAGUGUGUGUACGUGUGUGUAUGUGUGUGUAUUCAUGCAAGACACAAGCUCUUUAAAGCUGAGUGUUAAAAGUGGUAGGGCUGCAGGCAAGGCCAUCUAUCAGAACAAGGUGCAGACAGGCAACUCCCACAGCACUCUUUUCUUUCUCUAUUUCCUCUCAUUCUAGUUUUCUCUUCUUCUUUCAUAACACUAUUAUCACUCUAUUGAACUCACCAUCAUGACAUGCAUGUGAAUUUAAACAUAGUGUAUAAAUACUGAGUUGCAGCUCAUUUUUCUAUGAUGAAUGCCAAAAUUUUCUUUAGCCUUAAAACUGCACUAAUCUCUCAUUUUUGUAUAAACAGUGGAUCAAAGUGGUUUACUUUAGUGAGUGACUAUCUGUAAUGUCAAAGGGGUUGCUCAGAGUUCACAAUUAUCUUCUGCAGUUCCCUACAGCUCUAUGAAGCCUUUUAGGAUAUUUUCGCUAAUGUUGAUUUUUACAGCCCCAAAUUCCACUCCCAACAACCUCGGUAAUCAACAAAAUAGCUCUGAGAAAUCUACUAUAGCUACCUGCCCAACACUUAACAGUAAACAGACAAAGUUAGCGACUAGCUGGUGAACAUAGUAGUGGAGCAUUUAGCACAUAAAGAGAAAGAGACCAAAAACAGAGAAAAAACGAAAGCAAAUAUUGGACUCAUUCAUCAGGUGGCCUGAAACUAGACUUUAAAUGAAUGCUAAUAUUUCUCAGUUUCUGCUGGACGUUCAAAUAGGCAAGUGUUUCCCAUAACAGUUUUAUAAGGUGAUGUACAGCUUGUUCUGCUGCCCCCAAGUGGCCAAAAAAGAAUUUGUGCAGCUUUCAACUUUAAUUCUUCUUUUCCUCUUCUCCUGUCCAACUGCAGCUUCUAUGGUUUGUGAGAUUAAAUCUUCCAUUAAAGAUUACACGUUACACGUAACAAUCUGUUUCAUGUCCUACAGUAGGUUGACAGUGGCAGCUCCUGUCCUCCUGUGCCUUGGCCCAUAGCACACGGAUGGUAUUAUAUUAUAAAUACCAAUAAAUAAAUGGAAGGUUGGGAAUAAUGAAAUGUAAUGAACUGUGUGGAUUGUCAAAUUGGAAACCUUUAUUUCUCUUUAUUAAAAAAAAACUACAUUUAUAUUUGAAAAAACACAAUAAAGUGUCUCAUACGCAACACUUUUAUAAGUGGAAAGGCUUGAAUAGUUUUAGUAUCAGCCCGUGUGUCUGAAUUUCAGGAAUAUCAACUAUUCAUUUUGCAACAGUAGACUGGAGGCUCUGAAUUAACAUGCAUUAUACAUUUGAUAGUGCCUCUGUUUUAUCAAACAGCAUAUAUUAAUUCAAUUUAGUUAUUUAUUUUCAUUUUCAAUGAUUCCUUUUUUUUUCUCUGUAUUUUGUUUUGAACAUUUUGUUCAGCUGUAGACCAAUAACUCAACAGAACAGCUGUGCACCUGCAUUUCUGAUUUCAUAAUGAUGUUUAAUUCAGUUUUUAUACUGUGGAGCAAUAACAAAGUGACCUCUGCUCUUGCUUAAAUUAGCAAUUAAACUGUAGAUCAUGUUGGGUUUUUUAGCUUUAAUCAUAUUUGUCUGCCCUCAGUAUAAAGAAACAUUUAUCCCUGCCAGUAUUUCAACAUUUCUGAAACAGUGUAUCAUGGCAUUAAAUAAAAAAAUAACCUUCUAGCAUUUGACACUUUGCUGCCUGCUUUGGUCCCACCCUAAUGUGUGAUGUCAUACGACCUUGCUGACAUCACUCACCAUGGAUAGAAAGUUGACCUGCUCACAUGCACCCACUCUUUGGCUGACAUAUGAUCUCUGGAAAUUGAGUGCAGAAACACGACAGUAAUGUAAAAUCAUUGAAACUUUGAACACAGCGUUGUUGAGCAGUUUGGAGUUUCUCACCUGGAAUAAUAGAUUUCUUCUAAACGAUGCGCUCUCUAGCCUUCCGACCCAUAUCCCCAUUAUUCUCCUAAUUCUAGAGCUUCAACAAUUAGUUUAUUAAUCGAUUAGUUGACAACUAUUAAAUUAAUCACCAGCUAUUUU